AUGUUGACAACCCCCUCCCUCCCGCAAACUCAACCGACCACGCAAAGCAGAGCAGCUUGCCGAUGCCCUCGCCGAAAUCAAAGCAUCGACAAGCCCUCCUCAAGAUGCGAUGGAAUGGGCCAGGCAGUAGGAAGAUUGAAGGCUGUGAUUUCUACUCUGGGAAGUGUCUACUCGACGAGAGGAAGCGCUUAUUUGGAUGUGGUUUUGCUUAAGCUUUCGGGAAGUGACGAGAGAGUGACGACAAUCCGCAUUAAGGCCACAUUCCACCACCUGAGCCUUAUCAGCGCUCAUGCCCCGACGGAAGAAAAGGAUGAAAAUACCAAAGAAGAAUUCUACGAGCUCCUCUCCAAAACAUGUGAGCAAUGUCCCAAAAACGAUGUUAAAAUUCUCCUGGGAUAUUUUAACGCAGAAAUUGGUAGAGAAGGCAUCUUUGGUAGGUCAAUCGGAAGACAUAGCUUAAACGACAUCACAUCUGGAAACGGACUUAGGCUUGUUGACUUCCUAGCCGAGAAAAACAUGGUGUUGAGUAGCACCAGAUUCUCUCGCCCAGAUAUCCACAAGGGUCCUUGGCGAUCCCCCGAUGAUCGAAAAUGCAACCAAAUCGAUCAUGUUGCUACUCGUAUUGACGGUAGACACUCUUCUAGCAUACUUGGCGUUCGUACGUAG